AUGGUUUCAAUGAUAUUCCCAGAAAAAUUAUUCAAAUGUAGUUUUUUAUGUUGCACAACGGUAGAAGCUGACGUGAACAAAAUAGAAUCCGGAGGAAGCAGUCCGUUAAUGGAAGCCACAAGGAUUGGCAACCUGCACAUGUGCGAAUUGUUGGUUUCUAACGGGGCCGACGUGAAUCAGCCGUGCCCCAACUACAACAACGCCACUCCAAUCAUCAUCGCAGCCAUUUUUAAUAGGGCAGAAGUUGCUUCUUUCCUAUCUGACAAUAGAGCCAAAUUGGAUUUGGAAACAUCCGACAAGAGAUGCGCCUUGACCGAAGCCUUCCGUAACGACAAUUUGAAAAUAGUUGAAACCGUGUUAAGAGGUAGUUUGGGUCAGUCAUUUGCUGAUCGGACCAGUUUUACUUACAGCAUGGUCGUCAAAUAUCAGAGGCCCGACAAAAAUAUGAACACAAUUUUGAAGCUGAUUGGAGAAGAAUUAAAACAGCAGGACGAAGCCAGAAAAUUGAGAGACGCAGAACUAAAGAAAAAACUUCAAAAAUCUAACAGCUUUACGAGGCAACAAUCUGAAUUGUAUCAUAAUUGGGAGAAAAAGAAAAACAUUGCCAACAACUCUAAAAACAAUAACAACAACAACAAUAAUAAUUCAAAUUUAAAUAAUAACAACAACAACAAAAACAGUAACGGAACUAGCAGUUACUCCGAUGAAGAUUAUGCAAACAUCAACGAAGUUAAAAAAGUGUCCAAUGUGAAAGAUGUCCAAUUUGUAAAAAUCGAUGAAAAUAUCAUUGAAGAGCAAAUCCAAAAGGUUUCCAAAAGUGAACUUAAUGCUUUACCGUUUAACGAUCUGGAAAACAUGAAAAAAACAACAGACACUUCGUCGUCAAAUAUUAACAACAAUGCCAGGAGUAAUUUCGAUGGCUUUAAACCGAUAUUAUCAACUUUUAAAAAUACAUUAGAGGUAAAUAAAAAUCAGCUCUAUGAAGAAACAGCCUCAAAAGUGAAAAAUGUUUUUGAUGAAAAUGCAAAAAAAAUGCAAGAAAAGUUCUCAACUUCAAUAUCUGACGUCGGGAAAAGAUUGAAUGACGACAUGCAAAAGCCUAUCCAAAAUCUCAUCAACGAUACUUCCGCUUCAUUCAAGUCUGCUUUGGACAAUGAACAAAACGAAGCAGUAAUUUCCGUUAAACCAGUCUUAUCUAAUUUCCAACCACCAAAUCAACAACAACGUUAUCAUCAACAAUAUUAUCCACUAGAAAACCAUCAACAACAUUAUCAACAACCACAUUAUCCAAAACAAUAUCAGCAGCAACAAUAUUUACAUCCACAAAAUCGUUACAUAGACGAUCCAAAUGAUUUUAGAAGCAACGAAGAAGCCGAAGAUUGGGAAGAUGAAACUGGCUUCCAAGAGCAGUACUACCCAGCAUCAAGUUUGGAGAAUGAAGGACCUGGUCUUAUGACAACUCCCAUUUUGGGACGAUGUGCGCAGGUUCGAUACAACUAUGCCCAAGCAGAUUUGUAUUUGAGAGAUGUCGUAAAAACUGGAAGUGCUCCGAGGUUUAAUGUCAAAUCGUCCCUUGGUCAAAUAAGGCACCUGGAUAACGUAGAACAAGAUGAAUAA